GAAUCAUUAGAGGAUAAUCGAAACUUCUGUGACUGAGCUGAUCCAGAAACGAAAAUGGCCCGCCAUUGGCAAAAAUCUACAUCAAAUUCAUUGAGGGUCACCGACUGCCUCCGCCUGUCGACCCCCGUUUCGACCCCUCCAACGCGCUACCAUCCUCAGUCGCCGACGAGGCAGCGGCGUUAGCCUCACCCGAUCGCCACCCCUUUCAUUCCCCACCCUGAGCCGGGGGGAUGGUGCGGCGCGACACCUCCACCAUGCUAGUGUACAGUUUGUCCGGGGAGGGGGGCGCCGAAAUCGUGCUGACCUUGAGAUCGUUGACCCAGGCGGGCAUCAUUUUCGUAAUGGCCUUGGCUAUUAUCAUUACCAACGUGCUCAUCAUAGCCACCUUGCUCAAUUUCAGAGGUCCUUCGGAGGUGAUCAACUGCUACCUGCUCUCCCUGGCCGUGGCCGAUCUGCUGUGCGGCCUCCUGGUGGUGCCUCUCUCUGUGUAUCCGGCUGUAGUCGGCGAUUGGGUGUACGGCGACGUGUUGUGCCGCGUGGUAGGCUAUCUGGAGGUCACCCUGUGGGCAGUCACCGUGUACACGUUCAUGUGGAUCAGCGUGGACAGGUAUUUGGCGGCCAGGAAGCCGCUCAGAUACGAGACGCUGCAAACGAAGACGAGGUGCCAAUGCUGGAUGGCCUUCACCUGGAUCUCGGCCGCCAUGCUAUGCUGCCCCCCACUCCUCGGCUUCUCCAAGCCCGUCGUCGACAAAGAAGCCUUCAUCUGCAUGCUCGACUGGGGCAGCAUGGCCGCCUACUCAGUCACUCUCUCCAUCCUGGUGCUAGGCCCCAGCGUCAUUACCAUCGUCUACACCUACUCGUACAUCUUCGGGAUGCUUCGGAAGAUUCGCAGCGGCGAGCCGUUCCACGAUAAAGAAUAUGCUUCCGCGUUGGCGGAGAACUUAUCGAAUCCGAGUCACAUGAUGUCGUUCGCUUUGGUAGUGACGUUCGUGUUCUCGUGGACGCCUUAUAUUGCUGUCAAGUUGUACGAGCAUUUUACAGCGCCCAUCGAGAAUGAACAGAAUAUCAACUUAUCGUCACUCGUCAUUCCAGCUGUUGCACUUCGGCAUCGUGUGGUUGGGCUUCCUGAACAGCUUCUGGAAGUCCAUCAUCCUGAUGACGAUGAGCCCGCAAUUCCGGCUGGCUCUGCGCAUCUUCUGCAUGACGAUCUGCUGUCGUUACAAGGGCCGCAUGCAGGCCGAGCUGAUCGGCAUGGAGUCGGACGACUGACUGGCAGGUCGGCCGCCCCACCUGUUGCUGCCCCACCUGUUGCUGCCCGACCUGUUGCCCGCGCGCUGGGCCGACCUGCUGCCCGCCUGGUUCCCCUUCACGGGCAUCGCGCUGAGAGACUUGGAGUAUUUCAUAGGUAA